AUGAGGCAAGGUUUACUCCUCGCCGUGGGAGCUCUAUCAACACUCGCUCAGGGCGCGGCAGUCGAGAACAGGGAGGGGAAGUUGCAGGACAGGCAGAUCGUCAACAUUGAAGGAAAUGGCGCGGUGGAGGUCAAGACGGUCAAGGCCGAGAACAUCCAGGGUCUGACGGGAGGGAACUCGAAUGGCAUCCUCGCGGGUAUCCUCGACGCCCUGAAUGGGGGCAACCGACAGAACAGCGGUGGCCACAGGACGAACAGCGGGCACAGGAACAAGGGCAACAAGAACAACAACUGCCCGGCAGCGCCGCCGCCGCCGCCUCCGAUGACGGUUACGAAGACGGUUUUCCAGAAUGCCUCGGUGCCCGCCCCUUUGACGGUCUUCGUCACGCAAGCUGCCCCCCCGCCAUUGACGGUCAUCAUGACCCAGAGCUGUCCUCCGCCACCUCCCGCCGCUCCACCACCACCGGCCGCACCGCCUGCCGCACCACCAGUUGCUGUCCCUCCUCCGGCGGCAACACCGCCGACGCCUCCUCCCGUCGCAGCCGAACCUCCCGCCGCAGCUCCGGCACCCCCAGCAGCGCAACCUCCGCAGGCCCCUGCCGCCUCGGCACCCGCGGCGCUCCCGUUCGUAGGCAACCCCGCCAACGGCAACAACCCGACGACGUCCCUCAACCUGGGCGGCCUCAACGGCGGCAGCAAGCCGAACCCGGCCGGCGGCGCAGCGGCCAUCCCCGCCGUCACGGCACCCCCCGUCGCCAACAACCCGGCCGCCCCGCCCAACGGCGCCGUCAGCGGCCUCAACCUCAGCAAGUCCCUCGUCCUCGGCAACCUCCUCCAGCAGACCAUCGGGCUCCAGGCCCGCGCGAAGCCCGAGGCCCAGGUCCACGCCGAGGUCAUGCCCGCGGACUGGCAGGAGGAGGACGACGCGUAA